ACCCACACACUAUCCGCACAGUCAAUUCUCCAUUUUCAUAUUUUUAUUCAUCUCCUAUUCAAGAUGUCGGAGCCUUUCGUCUGGAGCGUCUCUCGACUCCCUAUGGAGGUCCAGAGAAUGAUCUGGGUCCAAGUCCUCCUCGAUUAUCCCAAUCUCACUAACCGCAUCGUCCUCUUCAAUGCGGAAACACGACAAUUGACCCCCACCCCUCAUCUAGUCUGCCCAUUCCUUACCUUAUGCAAGGCCAGCCGCUCGACUUACUUGGAAGUCUUCAAGCCCGUCAAGCUCGCUCUCUACCGCAUGACCAAGCCUAUCAAGAAGGAGGCCGACUUUGAGGACACCGAUGAUGAGCUCGGUGAUGCCAUCAACGAUGAUGAGAACGUCUCGGAUGAUGACGAUGACUUCUGGGGCCGCGGCGGUGGUCGAGACACCGAUGAAGAGAAAGAGGAUGAAGACGAAGAUGAAGAGGAGGACGAGGAUGAGGACCGUGAUGAGGAGCAUGACGAGGAGCGCGACGAAGAGAACGGCCACGAAGCGCCUAGUGGAGAAGCCACCAAUGAGUUGCCCGUUGAAGAGAAUGGCAGUGUGAUGCCCUUCGACGAGACUAACACUGCGGUACCUAACGAGAAGAGUGACCACGAGGCGCCCAGCGAAGGUGGUAACUCCACGGCAAUUGGCACGGAUGGUGACUCUACCACGCUUGUUGAGAGUAACGACACUGAGGCUUCUGCCGAGAAUGGCGAAGAUGAAGCAGCCGAAGUUGGCGACCAUGAGAUGCCAAACGAGGCUGACGAAGGCGAGGACAGCGGGAUUGAGAUAGCUGACGAGGAAGAAGAGGAGGAGGAAUCCGACGAGGAAGUCAUCGAGUUCGAAUACCAAGUCCCCGAUGUUGGUGGAGAGUUCUGCGGCUACCUUUACAUCGAGUUUGACCAAGAGAUAUUCCUCAACGAUAUCUUCUACCGUCAGAAGUUUUACCCUCGUGAGAACCCUCCUCUGACCCCUAAUUCCAUCAAGUGCCUCACCGCACCUCUGGAUUUCGAGCAGUGCGAACUCAUGGAGAGAUUCAUGGAGAUUCGUAUCGAUAUUAGCCGAGUCUAUGGUCGCAAUGCGAAGCCUUGGGAUGAACGACAAUACGUGCGCAACUUCGACAUCAACGUCUACAGUGGCCUCGAGACGAUCCGCAAUGUCUACCAGUUCUUCGGGUUCGACGACAAGAACGAGUACGACAUGGGAAAGGAACUUAUGCAGUACCCUGGACGAACAUUCCUCCGUCGACACAGGUUCAACACCAUUUUCUACGGCGGAGAUGGAAGCCCUCAAACUCUCCCCCGUCAUUAAACUUGUGGAUCCCGGGAAAAGCCUUACGAGAUGGAA